UUCACUUCACAAAACAACCCCCAAAACACAAGAAACCCCCAAACCAAAAAAACUAAAAAAAAAAAAGACUACUUGCAAUUGAAUUCUUGUCUCAGAUCUGCUUCUGGGGGAACCCAAACUAAGACAGCCACUGAAUGUGGAAUUGUACAUUGAGUGCUUAAGGAGAGCCCAUGACGUCUGGAAUUCAUGCAACUGGAGUUGAAUUAAAAAAAAGAACUCUUUCAGGAAUCAGACAUCAUCUUCUCUGUGGCAAAUUUUUUUCCCACACAAAGCACUAACAGUUUGAACAAAAGAUGUGGAAGUUUUUCCUCUGGAAGACCACCAUUAAUUUAUAAACGGAGGGUGGGGGUCGUUCUUUAUUAUUCAAAUUUUUUGGAUAUAAAAAGAAAAAAUAUUAAAACUGGAAAAUAUUCACGAAUGGAAUGUUUAGUUAUAAAAUUAUUCUCAGUUCAAAUUUCCUUUCCUCCUUCACACUUCUGUCACUCCUACCCAUAAUGCCCUAACAGCAAGUUUCAGAAUAUUUGGCCAAGCCAUGCAAAUAAAACUGUAGCUCACAAAAAACCCAAACCAAACCAAAAAAAAACAAAAAACAAAAACUGUAGCUCAACUUUAAUAGAAAAUCUGAAAUCUUGCAAAAAUGCAGCCUUUUGUGAAAUCUAUGAAAAUGAUGUUGGAGAAGUGCUAGAAUCAAUGCAAAGCCAUGGAAAGUGAAGAUCUGGCAGAAUAAGACAAGGCAACUGAAGAAGAGAACAGAGACAUGGUUGAUGACUGUGACAAGAAUUUUCCAACAGAGUGAUCUGAAUAUCAUAGGAUUAAGGGCUGUUCUUGGGGAAAUUAGUGAUGCCUUUAAAUAUGUUUGCAAAAAAAGAUGCUCUUUUUGAUCAUUCAAUGAUCAUUUGAUCAUUGAAAGUCAAGCAUGAAGGGAUGUGCAUUAUAUUGUGUUAGGAUAUAUAUAUUUUGGGGGGAUUCCACUCCAGAAUGUUCCAUUUACAUUUUGAGUGACAGAAUUGCAUUUAAAUUUUUUCUUCCACAAAGUGUUUAAUCUCAAAGUCUGUUGUAUAACACCCUUUUAGAGAAUCAUGAAAACAUCUGCUUGGCGUGGUAGAUCGAAAGGGGAAGGAGGCUUAUCCCUUGCCUUACACAGAGUCUCCUUUGGUUGAAAAUCACUUAAACACUGAAGUGAGAACAUUUGCUGCUUUUCUUGAUUUACAGAUGUUUUCUCAGAACUACACUUCCAAACAGUCCCAGCUGACUGUAGCUAAGGCCUGGGUAAAUUGAUAAGAUGCAUCUGGUUUCAAGACACAGACUAAGUACAGGGCAGGCUCUCCGUGUCCCCAGAGAACCUGGUUGGGGUCACAGCUGAGUCUUGGAACCACUUGCUCUAUAUAUGAGUGCCAAGUGAAUCCCCAGCAGGGAGAGACAGGCGAGGAGUAGACUGCUGGGCUCUUCCUCCUGUUGAAAAUUCACUGGGCACUGGAGGAAGAAAUUUUCCUUCUGUCUUCUGCCCUGAAUGUUUUCCCAAACAUGAAGGCAAUAAGUUUAUUCUUCUUGGUGGGAUUUAUAGGAGAGUUCCAAGUUUUUUCAAGUGCCUCCUCGCCAGUCAAUUGCCAGUGGGCUUCCUAUGCCCCUUGGUCAGAAUGCAAUGGUUGUACCAAGACUCAGACUCGCAGGCGGUCAGUUGCUGUUUAUGGGCAGUAUGGCGGCCAUCCCUGUGUUGGAAGUGCUUUUGAACCACAAUCGUGUGAACCUACACGAGGAUGUCCAACAGAAGAGGGAUGUGGAGAACGUUUCAGGUGUUUUUCAGGUCAGUGCAUCAGCAGAUCUUUGGUUUGCAAUGGGGAUUCUGACUGUGAAGAGGACAGUGCUGAUGAAGACAGGUGUGAGGACUCAGAAAGCAGGCCUUCCUGUGACCUCGAUAAACCUCCUCCCAACAUAGAACUUACUGGACAGGGUUACAAUGCGCUCACAGGCCAGUUUAGGAACAAAGUCCUCAACACUAAAAGUUUUGGUGGUCAAUGCAGAAAGGUGUUUAGCGGGGAUGGGAGAGAUUUCUACAGACUGAGCGGAAAUAUCCUCUCCUAUACAUUCCAGGUGAAAAUAAAUAAUGAUUUUAAUUAUGAAUUUUACAAUAGUACCUGGUCUUAUGUAAAACAUACAUCAACAGAACAUUCAUCAUCUAGUCAAGGACGCUUCCUCUUUUUUAGUUCUUCAUCUUCUUCGUACGGUUACUCUUCAGAUACUGAAGAAAUCCUUAAGGAAAAGAGUUAUCAGUUGUUGGUUCUUCAGAACACUGUUGAAGUGGCUCAGUUUAUCAAUAACAAUCCGGACUUUUUACAACUUGCUGAGUCAUUCUGGAAGGAACUCUCCUACCUUCCCUCUCUGUAUGACUACAGCGCCUAUCGAAGACUGAUCGACCAGUAUGGGACACAUUAUCUUCAGUCUGGGUCCUUAGGAGGAGAAUACAAAGUUAUCUUUUAUUUGGACUCAGAAAAAAUGAAACAAAGCGCUUUUGAUUCAGAGAAGAAGAAGAAAUGUGCUUCCUCACAUAUCAAGUUUUUGUUUAAAUCAUCAGAGCACGCAUGCAAGGAGAUGGAAGAGGCCUUAAAAUCGGCUGCAGGAACUCAGGGCAGUGUGUUACGAGGGGUCCCAUUUGUCAGAGGGGGACGUCCUGGCCUUGUGUCUGGCCUUAGUUACCUGGAACUGGACAACCCUGCUGGAAACAAAUUGAGAUAUUCUCGCUGGGCAGGAUCUGUGACUGAACUUCCGCAAAUCAUAAAACAAAAGCUGACACCUUUGUAUGAGCUGGUAAAGGAAGUACCCUGUGCCUCUGUGAAAAGGCUAUACCUGAAACGGGCCAUUGAGGAAUAUCUCGAUGAAUUUGACCCCUGUCAUUGCCGGCCUUGUCAAAAUGGUGGCAUGGCCACUGUGAAGGGGACCCAGUGUGAGUGCCAUUGCAAACCAUACACGUUUGGUGUGGCGUGUGAACAAGGAGCCCUCGUAGGGGAUCAAGCAGGAGGGGUUGAUGGAGGGUGGAGCUGCUGGUCCUCUUGGGGCCCCUGCGUUCAAGGGAAGAAAACAAGGAGCCGAGAAUGCAAUAACCCACCUCCCAGUGAGGGUGGGAAAUCCUGCAUUGGAGAAACGUCAGAAACCAGACAAUGCGAAGACCAGGAGUUGGAGCAUUUGCGAUUGCUUGAACCACAUUGUUUUCCUUUGUCUUUGGUUCCAACAGAAUUCUGUCCAUCACCUCCUGCCUUGAAAGACGGAUAUGUUCAAGAUGAAGGUGCCAUGUUUCCUGUUGGCAAAAACAUAGUGUAUACUUGCAAUGAAGGAUACUCUCUUGUUGGAGACCCUGUUGCCAGAUGUGGAGAAAAUUUACAGUGGCUUGUUGGGAAAAUGCAUUGUCAGAAAAUUGCCUGCGUUCUACCUGCACUGAUGGAUGGCAUACAGAGUCAUCCCCACAAACCUUUCUACACCGUUGGUGAGAAGGUGACCUUUUCCUGUUCAGGUGGCAGGUCCUUAGAAGGUCCUUCGACAUUUCUCUGCGGAUCCAGCCUUAAGUGGAGCCCUGAGAUGAAGAACGUCCAGUGUGUGCAAAAAGAUGCCCCUUUGGCACCGGAAGUGCCUGAAUGUCAGCGCUGGGAGAAACUGCAGAAUUCAAGAUGUGUUUGUAAAAUGCCUUAUGAAUGUGGAUCCUCCUUGGAUGUGUGUGCUCGAGAUGAGAGAAGCAAAAGGAUACUGCCUCUGACAGUUUGCAAGAUGCAUGUUCUCCAAUGUCAGGGUAGAAAUUACACUGUUGCUGGUAGGGAGAGCUGUACUCUACCUGCCUCAGCUGAGAAAGCUUGCGGUGUGUGUCCACUAUGGGGAAAAUGUGACGCCCAGAGCAGCAAAUGUGUCUGCAGAGCCGCCUCGGAGUGCGAGGAAACAGGGUUCAGCGUCUGCGUGGAGGCGAAUGGCAGGGAGCGGACGAUGACAGAGUGUGAGGCCGGCGUCCUGAGGUGCCGAGGUCAGAGCAUCUCCGUCACCAGCAUCCGGCCCUGCGCCGCCGAAGCCCCGUAGCUCCCGGUGCCGGUGGGCCUGCUCGCAGCCCCGUGGCCGAGUUAAAACCUUUGCACGCCCGGCCCUGUAGACAGCUUCUCAGCACGCGGCCCAUUCUUUCUCCUUCCACUCCGGGUCCACUUCUCCCAAUCCCCAGGCCCUGCAUAAUUACACAAGCCUUUGUUCUCCCAAACCUGAAUCCAGAUCCUCUUUUUCUUCUCUUUUUAAAUGUCAGUCAGGCUGAAGGAUAUUGAUGAACCUUUGAAGGAGCUGUAUGUUCUUGGAAAAAUUGCUGACUUCUCUGGACCUUGACUUUUUUUUAAUCUGAAAAUUAGAGGGUUGGACUAGAGAAAUCUGAAUGCUCUAUGAUUCUUUUUAGUAUGAUUAAAAGAACCGACCAGAACACACCCUACAAAUUGAUUAUGAAAACAGAAAGAUUAGAGAGGCUGGCUUCGGCUCAGUGAAACUGAAUACAAAGGGGACCUUGAAUGGAAAAAGGCAGAUACAAUGAUUCCAUGCCAAGCACCACACCUAGAGAUCCCUAAUCUUGUCAGGAGGUUGAAUCACUGCUAUCAGAGUGGAAUCCAUCAUGUUACGGUCACAGGGGCACCUUCUACUUUCUUGUCUGAGAACAAGUAUUUACAAUUGAGGCUUCUCUCUGGAGCUUUUCUUGUGUUUUCCAAACACAAGACCUGUAAUUUGUCCCCCUCCUCCCCUUUCCUUUUGUAGGAAGCAUCAUUCAUGCCUGAGCUAUUGAGUGAUUGCGUAUUUGGGGGAAGUGUUCUCUAACGUGGAUACGUACUUAGAUUUUUCAGGGGGCUCUACAGGUAGAUCCAUUUGAGACAUUAGCCCUCUGUUUAUUCCCUAUUCAUCUUUCAUCAAAACAAAAUAACAGCUGUAGUUGAUGAAAUGAGUGGGCUUCAAUGGAAUUUAAAAUAUGCUUUUAUAUACAAAUAAUAUCUCUGUAUUUUUCUGAUACAUUUCAAUGAAACUUUAG